AUCUACACUGACAAUAAAAUGUAGGUGCUACUGCAUGCUGCAUAGAACAGAAUAGACAUAGAGGAGAAUAGAUUACAAUAGAAUAGAAAUAGAGGAGAAUAGAUUACUAUAGAAUAGAAUAGAAAUCAAUAGAAUAAAAAUAGAGUAAAACAGAUCGCAAUAGAAUAUAAUAGAAUAGAUUACAAUAUAAUAGAAUAGAAUAGGUUGCAUUAGAAGAGAAUAAUAAUCAAUAGAAUAAAAAUAGAGUAGAAUAGAAUAGAGUCAGAUGCAGGUUAAUAAACAGUCUCUGAGUAACAGCUUCUCUCCAGACUCAGCUGUUUGCUCUGUAAUCAUCUUCACACUCUGACUCUCAUCUCUGUUUCUUUUAUUCUCUCCAUCUGAAGGGAAAAAAAUCAUUUAUUUGAUUCCAUCUUCAGCUGAUGGACGUGUGGAAAUGUUGAACAUUUUAUAAAGCAGGAUAUUACAGGAAAGAGAAGUGCAAGGACACUGGAUUACAGCUGCACACUGUCACAUCAGCAGGUUCCUGGUUUCAGAUCUGCUCAUAUGACUGAGUCUGCUGUUCUGUUUCAGUUUAAUCCCGAGAUUAAGGAGCGAGUCUGCUGUUCUGUUUCAGUUUAAUCCCGAGAUUAAGGAGUGAGUUUGGUGGAUAAUAAUGCGCUAAGGAAGGAGUCGUUAAACAGGGUUACCUUUCUAACUUGCAGGGAAAAGCAUAACAUCCAAAAUGACUUCCUCCUCACAGCUGGACUCAGAGAAUUUUGAAAGCAAGAGAUCAGAGUCACCAGAACCGAGCUGUGUGUCCAUGAAGAGUGAUGAGUCAAUGUAUGAACCAUUAAAAUUCAGAGAAGGACAGAGUUCCACUGAGCUCAGCAAGAGAUCAGAGUCACCAGAACCGAGCUGUGUGUCCAUGAAGAGUGAUGAGUCAAUGUAUGAACCACUAAAAUUCAGAGAAGGACAGAGUUCUACUGAGCUCAGUGACCAAAAGAGUAGAGCAGACACAAACAAGCAAAAGUUAAAGUCCAUAUUUAAGGAGCUGGAGCGAAAGUUCAUGACGGUAGUGCAGAAAGAGUUAGAAAGAUUCAUGAAGUUACUUAGUCCAGAUUACCCAGAAUGCUCUGACAGUGAGAAGGAUCAGAGUGAUGUGAGAGAUGGAGUGCUGAAGAUCACACUGCACAUCCUGAAGAACAUGAACCAGUCUGAACUUGCUAACACACUACAGAACAAAUUUCCCCCUGCUUGUCAUCAAAAAUUCAAGUCCAGAUUAAGGGAAAAAUUUCAGAAAAUCCAUGAGGGAAUCUCAGACCAUGGAACUGCAACACUUCUGAAUGAGAUCUACACAGAUCUCUACAUCACAGAGGGAGGAAGUGGAGAUAUCAAUAAUGAACAUGAAGUGAGACAGAUUGAGACAGUGUCCAGGAGACCAGCAACACAGGAGACACCCAUCAAAUGUAAUGACCUCUUUAAUGAAAAAGACAACAGAACUGUGCUGACUAAAGGAGUAGCUGGAAUUGGAAAAACAGUCUCUGUGCAGAAGUUUAUUCUGGACUGGGCUGAAGGAAAAGCAAAUCAGGACAUCUUCUUCAUGUUUCCACUUCCCUUUAGAGAGCUGAAUCUGAUGAAGGAGAAAAAGUUCAGUCUAAUGAAUCUACUUCAUCACUUUUUCCCAGAAAUGAGGGAAUUAAAACCAAUGCAUUAUAAUCAGUACAAGAUGUUGUUCAUCUUUGAUGGUCUGGAUGAGUGUCGACUUCCUCUAAAUUUCCAGAACAAUGAGAUGUUGUGUGAAGUGACAGAGUCAGCCUCAGUGGAUGUGCUGCUGACAAACCUCAUCAAGGGGAAUCUGCUUCCCUCUGCUCUCCUCUGGAUAACCUCUCGACCAGGAGCAGCCAAUCAGAUCCCUCCUGAGUGUGUAGACCAGGUAACAGAGGUACGAGGCUUCAGUGAUCCUCAGAAAGAGGAGUACUUCAGGAAGAGGAUCAGUGAUCAGAGCCUGGCCAAUAAAAUCACCACACAUAUGCAGUCUUCAAGAAGCCUCUACAUCAUGUGCCACAUCCCAGUCUUCUGCUGGAUUUCAGCCAUGGUUCUAGAGAGAAUGUUGGGUGAAGCAGAGAGUGGAGAGAUCCCCAAGACUCUGACUCAAAUGUUCACACACUUCUUGAUCUUUCAGAUCAAACACAAGGACCAAAAGUACCAUCAGAAAUGUGACCCUGAUCCUCAGCAGACCAGAGAGAGUAUCCUGGCACUGGGAAAACUGGCUUUCCAGCAGCUGGAGAAAGGAAACCUGAUCUUCUAUGAGGAAGACCUGAUAGAGUGUGGCAUUGAUGUCAGAGAAGUGUCAGUGUACUCAGGAAUGUGCACCCAAAUCUUCAGAGAGGAGUUUGGGCUUCACCUGGGGAAGGUGUUCAGCUUUGUACAUCUGAGCGUUCAGGAGUUUCUGGCUGCUUUAUAUUCAUUUCUUUCCUUCAUCUUAAAGAACAGAAAUGUGCUUCAGGAGCAAACUACUGGAUUUGUUUUCUUCAAGAAGUUAAAAAUAUCUGAUUUCCUGAAGAUUGCAGUGGACAAGGCCUUACAGGGUGAGAAUGGACACCUGGAUCUUUUCCUCCGUUUCCUUCUGGGUCUCUCACUGGAGUCCAAUCAGACUCUCUUACGAGGCUUAAUGCCACAGACAGGAAGCAGCUCUCACCGUAAAGAGGAAACAGUCGAGUUCAUCAAGGAGAAGAUCAGAGAGAACCUCUCUCCAGAGAAAUCCAUCAAUCUGUUCCACUGUCUGAAUGAACUGAAUGAUCAUUCUUUAGUGCAGGAAGUCCAGAUUUACCUGAACGAAGGAGCACAUAGUCGUCUCCAUGGUGCCAGACUCUCUCCUUCUCAGUGGUCAGCUCUGGCGUUUGUGUUACUAAACUCAGAAGAGGAGCUGGAUGAGUUUGAUUUGAGUAAAUAUGACAAAUCAGAGGAAUGUCUUCAUAGGCUGCUGCCAGUGGUCAAAGCAUCCAAUAAAGCUGUGCUGUGUGAGUGUAAUCUGACAGAGGAAAGCUGUAGAGUUCUGUCCUCAGUUCUCAGCUCAAACUCCUCCAGUCUGAGAGAACUGGACCUGAGUGACAACAAACUGCAGGAUUCAGGAGUGAAGCUGCUCUCUGCUGGACUGGAGAAUCCACACUGUACACUGGAGAUACUGAGGCUGUGUAAAUGCAGUAUUACAGAUGAAGGUUGUGCUGCUCUGGUUUCAGCUCUGAGGUCAAACCCCUCAUCACACCUGAGAGAACUGAAUCUGAACUACAAUAAACCAGGAGAAUCAGUAGUGAAGCUGCUCUCUGAUCUACUGAAGGAUCCACACUGUAAACUGGAGACACUACAGCUGCGUGGUUGUAAUCUGACAGAGGAAAGCUGUAGAGCUCUGUCCUCAGUUCUCAGCUCAAACUCCUCCAGUCUGAGAGAACUGGACCUGAGUGACAACAAUCUGCAGGAUUCAGGAGUGAAGCUGCUCUCUGCUGGACUGGAGAAUCCACACUGUACACUGGAGAUACUGAGGCUGUGUAAAUGCAGUAUUACAGAUGAAGGUUGUGCUGCUCUGGUUUCAGCUCUGAGGUCAAACCCCUCAUCACACCUGAGAGAACUGAAUCUGAACAACAAUAAACCAGGAGACUCAGGAGUGAAGCUGCUCUCUGAUCUACUGAAGGAUCCACACUGUAAACUGGAGAAACUACAGUUGUCUGGUUGUAAUCUGACAGAGGAAAGCUGUAGAGCUCUGUCCUCAGUUCUCAGCUCAAACUCCUCCAGUCUGAAAGAACUGGAUCUGAGUCACAAUAAACUGCAGGAUUCAGGAGUGAAGCUGCUCUCUGCUGGACUGGAGAAUCCACACUGUACACUGGAGAUACUGAGGCUGUAUUGGUGUAAUCUGACAGAGGAAAGCUGUAGAGCUCUGUCCUCAGUUCUCAGCUCAAACUCCUCCAGUCUGAGAGAACUGGACCUGAGUGAGAAUGAACUGCAGGAUUCAGGAGUGAAGCUGCUCUCUGCUGGACUGGAGAAUCCACACUGUACACUGGAGAUACUGAGGCUGUCUGGCUGCAGUAUUACAGAUGAAGGAUGUGCUGCUCUGGUUUCAGCUCUGACGUCAAACUCCUCAUCAAACCUGAGAGAACUGAAUCUGAACUACAAUAAACCAGGAGAAUCAGGAGUGAAGCUGCUUUCUGAUCUACUGAAGGAUCCACACUGUAAACUGGAGAAACUACAAACAUAAAUCUACAUGGUAAUGGAUGCUUAUUGGUCUAAUCUGAGAUGUCAAGCUAUCAGAUGAUGUGAUCAGCUGCAGUCUCCACUCUACUGAGGAGCUACAUGAAUCCAAACUGAAGAAAGCAGGUGAUGAGGUGACCCCUCUUACCCACGACCCAACCUGCUGGGAAAACCUUUUCUGGAAAAUUUAGUUUGUGCUACAAAAUCAUUGAAUGACACUUUAUUAUUUUGAUAUAAUAAACUGGUAUAAAGAUUUUCUGUUUUUCUAGAAAUGUGAAUGGCCAGUUAAUGGUAUUAAGAAAAUUAAUAAUGUGACCUUCAAUAAAUACAAUAUGUCUGAUUAUCUGGUACAAUUUGAUGAGCACCACUGGCUGAGGAUAGAUAUAUAAUAAUGUAUAUGGUUUUGACAAUCAAUCAUGUUGCAUGUGUUGUUGCAUUAGAGGACAAGCAACUUUUAUUUACUUUUCAUCAGUCCACUUAAAAUUUGCACAGUUAUUUUGAAUGAUUUUAUAUAGGUAUGUUGAAAUGUUUAUUUUAUACACCAAUCAACUUAGAUACAUCAUGUAUACUGUAUAUAAGAUACACACUAUUUAUACAAAAUAAUCAAAAUGUUAAUGAUUCAACCAUGGAUUAAAAUCUCCAAUAAUCUAAAAUGUGUAUAUAUUUCAGAUCAGUUUAUUUCUGUAUGUUACGUACUUCUCUUAAAUGAAACCUAAUGUAAGUACAGUUCCCAAAAGAUUACAUACAUCUAGACUAAAGGCAUUAAAACUAAAAUUUUUAUAUGUUACCAUACAUUUCCUGUGUUAAGUCAGUUAAGAGAUCUACUUUAUUUCCAUCAGAGGUUUGGAUUUGAUCAAAACAGUAACUGAGCAAGU